CAGAUGCCAGUUUCACACUUCCCUCAAAAACAACCACUGCUUUGCCUUUCUACCACACUGGCUGAAACAGUCGCUUUUUUCUCUCUCUUUUUAAGUAGCAAAGUUGCACACGAUGGACUCGAAGCGAGAUAAAGACCAAGAUGCAGACUAUGAGAAGAUAACCGCUCUGCUGCUCAAGUCCCGUACGGGAGAAUUUGAUUUGGAGUCAAUACUUUUCCUCAAACUGAGAGGUCUUGGAACACAUGAUCUUGGAUGCAUCGGGGAGUGUAUGAAUUUGGAGAGACUGGACCUCUCUGGAAAUAGCAUCACAAAUUUAGCUCCUCUAGCAUCUCUUCGGCUUCUUUCUGUUCUCAAUUUGUCUGCAAACAGGAUUUCCAAUCUAGAGCCCCUACGCAGUUGUGAGAGUUUACAGAAUUUAAACGUGGCUGGCAAUAUCAUAUCCAGCAUUGAGAGCCUGCAAUGCCUUCAGCCUUUGAGGAAGCUAGAAAAUAUACGUUUUAAAGACAACACUUACAAUUAUACCAAUCCAGUGUGCAGGAACCCGUCGUAUAGAACCAUACUUCUUGAGAUGUUCCCCAACAUAAAGGUGCUGGAUGGCGAAAGAGUCGUCGGACGUGGGAGUGAUUUAUAUCAAUUAUGUAAAGACAUUGACGAUACCAUCAAAGCUGGUUUAUACAAGAACGGUCAGCUUGUUGAACAUCCUGAUUGCAAACCCUGGGUGGAGGAUAGCUACUGGGAGAUUAAGAGAUCAAACAAUGCCAUUAUCGAAGAAGCCUACAAACAGUUUAACGAUGUCCUUCAUGAAUGCAGGCUGCUGAACAACAGAGCCACUCACGUCAUUUCACAAACUGAAAGAUCUAUGAGCCUGAAGAAGCAGCCAAAGCAGUAUGCCAUCUGAGUCGGGGCUGCUUUGGACACAUUUGUGUUUUUGUUGUGUAAUAAACCGUGGCUAAUGUACUGUAGGAUUUUCAAAUACUAAGCUACAUCCAAAUGCUUGAUAAGUAUCAUUGCCAGACAACACAUGCCAUGUGCUGCAGUGCGAGGCAUUUGUUGUCGUCCUAUGCGUCGGGUAAGUGACGAUACAUGUAAGUGGUUUGAAAACCUUAAUCCAUACUGACACCCCUCAGUUUGGCUCUAAGGUGUCUUUACUUGCACAGUGUGCAUUUUGUACCAUGUUGUAGGCUGCUUUUAUGCUAAGAGCUAUGCUGCUUAAGAAUUUCUAUUGGUUUAAGUAAAGAGCUUUUCUCCAUUUUGCAUUGUUGGAUAAUUUUGGGAGUUAAUGUGUCCCAUGCUGUAUGCUUGCUUUGUAAGUUGGACUUUUUGCAACAGGAAAGUGAUUGAUUGUUUUCGCUGUUUUUACUUGUUUUAUAUCAUAAAGUUUAUUACAUGUACAAUCAACUUGUGGGAAAUACAAUGCUUAUAAAUGUG